AUAUAACCUUUCAACUUUGAUUGUAAUAUACAUUAUAAAUGAAAAACACAGUAUUUACAUACAUAUUGAGUUAAACAUCAGGGCGCUGCGGUAAAAAUGACAACGAAAAAACAUUUGGUGCUGCUAUUAAUGUCCUUAUCCUUCUUGGUGACUGUUAAAGGGGAUGUGUAUUGUGAGAUAAAAGAAAGCUUCGCCCAUUACCCUAAAUUAGAUAUAAUUUGCAAAAAUAUCAGCAUCGAACAGAACGAAGUAAUUAACGUGAAAGGUCAAGUUCAAAAUAAAAUUGACAAAAUUCAGUUAAUCUCAGUUUCUGCCGAAGUACAAAGCAGUACGUUGCAAAAUUUCCCUGAAGCUCAGCAACUGCUAAUAUUAGACAGCACUAUAAAAAGUUUUUCACUGCAAUCGAGUAUUACCACUUUGAAUGUAUCCAACUCCAUCCUUCCAACAAUCACCAGUGAAGCGUUGAAGGGGAAAGAUCUAUUGUCUGUCAAUUUUAUGUCCAACUAUGGCUUAGAAUUUGAGAAAGGCGCCUUUAAACACUUGAAUGCUCUGAGGGAAUUAACAAUUGUUAAUCAAACUAUACCUAGAAUACAAAGACAUCUAUUCACAGGAUUAGUAAACCUAAGAUAUUUGUGUCUAAUUGGAAAUAACAUCGAAGAAAUAGAUGAUGACGCUUUUCUGGACCUUUCUAGUCUGGAACGGUUAUUCUUAGACGUCAAUCCGAUAAAGACAUUUAGUGCAAAUUUGCGCGGAUUGACAAAUCUUGAACGGCUGUCAUUAAGCAACACAAAUUUGAAGAGGUUAAAUUUCGAUGUUCUGGAGCCUGUAAAGUCGUUGACUUCGAUUGGUUUACCGAGGCAAUUAUUGAAAACUAUAAAUGUCACCGAUCUGGUGACCAGUAUACCCGAUUUGCGAAUGGUUGGUAUAGAUUCUAUGGAACUACAAUGUCCAGAUGUUAUAUCUUUUAUGGGUGAACUGAAGAAAAAGGAAGUAAGGGUGAUGCCAGUUAAAAUAGAGGACAUAUGGUACCAUUAUCCGGACAUUGAUAAGCCAUCAGUGUGCUCAUAGUUUUUUCUACUUGUAUAAAGUUAUGAUAAAUGAUUUUUGGCUUUUACUUUUCUGCACCGUGGUGCGAUAUUCGUGUUGCAUUUGUCUUAGUUUUAAAGUGUCUGAUAAUUAAAUUUCGGAAAUAUAUUUGCCUGUCAAUAAUUAAUUGUAGAUUCUGAAAAUAAAACAUCAGUUGGGUAAGUAGUAACUUUUUCCU